GGACACAACAAAAGGUUCUGGGAUUUCCAACAUGGCCAUCAAAGAACUGAUAGUCUGUUCUUGCCUUAAAGCAGCUGUUAAACUUUAAGAUGAGAACUUGACGACUUUUGCCUCGAGAUAUUUUCCCUCCACACUCCAGAUAUAAAUACACAUCUUUGACUCUUUGUCUCCAGGUAAAGGAUAUGCCUUGAGCAUGUGACAGGUAGCCCUACGUGAGGCUCUGAAGGCUGAGCGGAGCGCUCGGUAAAGUGCUUUCCUCAGUCCAAUAAGCUGCUGGCCCCGUGGCAUCGCCCCUGGCCCCGCCCUGCUAAAGGAGCCGGCCGCACUCACCCUGUCGAGCAAACUUGACAAGUGAAAUGUGAUACAACUGUGGAGACGUCCCAAAGAGGCAGGGGGGCACAUACAACACUGAACACCACAUCACUAAAGGCAACAAAACAGACAAAACUGACGGACUGAGACAAUUAGACAUAAAAACUGUACAAAGACCAGCUGUGACAUACAAGACAAUAUGACGUGCUACUAAAAGAACAGUUUGACACUUUGGUAAAUAUGCUAAUUCACUUUUUUCCCAGAUCGUUAAAAGACAAGAUUGAUAUUAUUAGCAUCAUUGUGUGAUAAAUUUUUAGCUACAUCAGCUGGUUAGCUUAGCAUUAAGACCGAAAACCAAAGGAACAGCUAGCCUGAUUCUGUCCAAAGAUGGCAAAAUCUACAUAGGCAGCAAUUCUUCAGUUUAAAAAAAUGUACGUAUCAAAAUAGGAUUAUUUUCAAGUGUUUAAAAAUAAAGUGCUGUCUUAAGAGCUUACUGACAUGCUAAGCUCACUCAGCUGUCUGUAUCAACUUGUUUGCAGUACAGACAUAUGAUAGGUAUGGUGGCCAUGAAGGUCAAAUGCAAAAACACUUUAGAGAGAGACACACAAAAAUAACCCCCAAACAUGUUAUUUCAUGGAGCAAAAAACAUUUGACUGCAUUUUUUUAAUAAAUAAAGGCUUUUAAUCUUUUUCAGUUUUAUGUCAUAUUUGCAUUUAAAUUAAAAAAAAAUUAUAUAGUGUAAAAAAAUUCAUUAAAAAUCUUUGAAGAAUAUAUUUUGCCUCACAAAUUAUUUUCUAGAAAAAACAUUUUUUUGUAAAGUGUUGUUUUCUAAUCGUGUGACAUGAGUUUGCAUUUUAUGAGAUUUCUGAAUAAUUUUUUGAGUUAAAUGAAAUAUUUUUGCAUUCUCUGAAAUGGGGUUUUUUUGUUGUUGACUGUUUUUUGCACUUUGCUAAAUAUUUUUGCAUUUUGUACAAUAUUUUUGCAUUUAUUUGGAAUGUGUUAUUGUUUCAUUAAAUAUUUUUGCACUCGUGUUUUUUUUUUUUUUGUAAUUAUAAAAUGUUUGUGCUUUUGACCUUUAGGGCCACUAUAUAUUAGAAUUCAUAUUAACAUCUGGCUCUCAGCAAAAAGAGAGUUAGCAAUUAUCCAAAGGUGUUUUUUUUAAAGAUGUGAUUAAAGUGUAAUGCUGUUUUUAGUUAAGACUGAAGUGCAAUCCUGGAUAAUCAGUGUUUGACUGAGGACAGCUCUACAACUACACACAGACAGACACAAAUGGUGAUCUAAAAUAAGUGCUUUCAUGAAUAAUUAAACACCACUAGACACACUACCUGAGGAGCUAAGUUAACUAGAGCUACUGAAAAAGGAGUGAAUUAUCCAAGCAGGUUUGACUCAGACAGUGAACAUCAGAGACAUAACAGGAAAUGCGCAUCAGCAUCAUGUGAUUGGGUGAGGUGUUUGCAGGCCGACAUAAAACUAGCACACUUACAGGGUGAAACCUCUGGAGAUGACCUCUGUCUCCUGGACUAGGCGCAGGGCUUUACGAGACAGUCCCGUCAGGGUCUUGCUGUUGUGGACCAGAGCCUGGAGCUGCGUGGCCCGCGCGUGGACGGCUCUCUGCAUGCGGCCCACUCUCCACAGCGUGAACCCCCGCAGCCCCACCCAGCCCAGCAGUGCCAGACCCCACGGGGCUGCUGCCAGAGACCACAAGCCCUCGGAGACAGAGCAGAGACCGAGGAGAACUGCAGCCAGGCCGACCAGCCCCGCCAUGUCCCUGUGGGAGGAUGAGAGGAGGGAAUUUAGGUUAGAGCAACCUUCUACAGUUUAAUUUUACAUAUUGUCAGUGAAAAUGGACCUAUCAUGUCCUCUGUGGCUUUGGAGGAGGUUUUUGCAGUUUGAGGCAGUGAUCUUAAAUUGGGCUGAAACCCUAAAAAUGCCUCGGUUAUAUUCAGGGAGACAAGUUUGAAUGCAUGUGCACUCACUCCAUUGUAUUAUAUUCUUUGGUGGGCCUCUAUUUUACCUAACCAUUGUAUGUCUGAGUUUCUAACAAUAUACCAUAGUGAAGGCUUGGCUAUAAGGCUCGGUCUAGGUAGGGUGUUUGCCCGGCUGGACGAGGUAGAGGGGGAAGAGCCGAGGGUGAGCAGACUGGGGUCCAACAGCUCAAUCAGCUCCACAUCCUCCUGCAGCAGCACAUCCUGGUCCAGAAUACACUUCACCGAGUACUGUCCAAACACGCAGUCCUAUGAAAAAGGAGAAACAUGUGAUAAAAGUGCUGAAAGGUGCUGGUUUCAGCGCCAGCAUUCCUUUCUGUUUCUGAUUCUACCUACCAGCUGCUGCCCCAGCUUAUGAGAUGCAGCCGCAUGGUGAACUGGACUCCAUCUCCACAAGGCUUUAGCCAGUCUCCACCAGCGUCCUCCCUGCCAAUCACAUAAAAUGGAAAGGUUAGUAUUUAAUCUUUGAAAAAAUCUCCUCAAUUCAAGUUUUAUUGGCGCUCUGAAGGACUGAAUAUUCCUAAUAAUUCACCUGAAAGUCUGUCAGGCAUUUCUGCUGCUUCUCCUUGUUUGGAUCUAUUUCCCAGAAAUCACUUACCCAUAAAAUAAAACUCUGCGCACCAACAAACAACCACACUCCUUGUACAAAGGAGUCUCCCAGGAGAUAGACUCUUGUGGGAAACAACAAUAAGAGAAAUGUGUGUUUGUAAAAGCACCCAUUCUCAGGUCUAAUGUAGCUCUGCAGUUGCACAAAUAAAAAAACACUUUUGUUGGAUUCCUGUUGUGGUAUUUAAACUGAAUGUUUACAUUUCUGGUGACAAUAAAACGCUUAAAAUACAUGUUUCAAGGUUGAAGGGGACGGAUUCCUUUAGAUCUAGAAAAAGAAACAAGUUUGUUCAUCCCUUACUGGAAGCACUACACAGAGAAACACUUUUGUUUUGUGUCUUGCCUACUUUGAGUCUGCAUUCCUGGGCCUGUAGACUCCUCGCUAUAAACAGUUUGAGACAUUCAAACACAACCAGAGUGGCACGGUGCCUCAGAAUUCAAAGUGCAUGGGAAGUUUGAUACAAAACAAUCUCAGGUUGUUUUGAAAUGCGGCAAGAUUUCUUUGCAAGAGCCAAAAGCAAAUUACCAAGCUGUAAGUAUUGCCUAAUCAUGAAUAGGAUCUACUGUGUGCAAAUGAGCUUAAAGCGUCUUGUGGUAAAACUGGACCCAUAUUGAAAGAGUUUGUAUAUGGAGGAUUCAAUACCAUUUGAAAAGGAACAAUCCUGUAGAAAUCAGCUCAAUAAUAACACCCGUGACGGGCGUCAGUUUGCAGCAGACACAUGCAGUGAUUGAUUCCCACCGAGCGAGCGGCCUGCACACCGACCCUUUACUCAGGGGAGAGCAAAACACAAGCGUUAUUAGUCUAAAGGCCGCAGUAGUAUUGAUCACUCUUUGGAGGCUGAGCUUUAGGACUGGGCAUUCGUGAAACAGCGGACACAAGUCGGCAACAACUCUGCUCAGUCCUCUGUAACAGCAAAGAGGCUACUCUCACCCUAUGCUAGAACAGGGAUGAUGUAAGCAUCUACAAAUGAACUCCAAUGUGUGAGUACUCUGUAGCUCUGACUUUUAGGCACUAUCAGCUCUUACUCAUCAGUAUUCUCCUGGUGUCACACUGACAGCAAUCACUGCAGCUUUCAGACACCAUUUCCAAUGCUAUAUGAGAGAAUAUACGAGGGAACAGACACUUAAACAGUUGGACAUGAUAAUAAAACUGCUGUGAAGACCUCAUAGAUAGUAACCAAACAGACUGAAACAGAUCAAGCUCAAUAUGAGCUUUAAUAGUGAACAAAACAAGCUGACUGUUACUACAGAGUUACUGUAAGGUGUCAGUAGGGGGUAGGUGUCAGUUGAAACCUGUAUCUGAGAAAUAAAAAGCAGCUCCAGUGGUCACACAGAGGGAGGGAAUGUUGUAAUUUACUGAGUAUCAUUUGUGAAAACCAGUCUGAGGACUUUAACCUGCUUUUGUGCUCCUGCUUUCACUGAGUUAAGACUAUUUCUGCUUCUUUGUGUUAGUUAAAGUUCUAAUGAGCUGGUUUUAAAACCCUCAUAAAUGUAUACUUAAGCUUCUCACAACAGCAAAAGAGAUGGAAAGAGACAAGACUCAUAUUUGAUCAUUUUCUGCAGGGUAGGUCUGAGUUCUAGGUCUAGGUCAGUGAGUUGCAUAUUAAGCAUUUCAAAUGAGGAAUGAGAUUUUUCUUCAGGAAACUAAAUUCACAUGAACAGGACAAACAACAGCAAAGAAAAAAAAGAGCACUGCUUUGUCCACAGGGGGCGCAAAAGUUGAUAUCAACCAGUGUUGUUUUUUUUAUUGACAAAAAUAUUUCGUCAACGCCCCUUUUUUCCACAACCAAGACGUUACGUUGACGAGCUAAACAUUAGUCUUAGAUGACUUAUAUGUGACGAGUCGAAUGUGCGUUUACGUUGACGAGACUAGAUGAAACAUUAGUGGUGGACGACGAAGAGAGUUGCAAAAUUCAUGAGCAUUUCGUCAGUCAAACACUAAACAUAUAUUCUGCAGUUUUGUUUUUGUUGAGGAAAUAUUUUUAUCAACGUCAUCGUCAACGAAAACAACACUGAUAUCAACCAAAAUUUCCAAACAGGGGGCGAAAUUUUUUUGUACGAUGGUAGGGGAAGGUCUCUUGCCCUCCUUCGCCUCUGAUUGGCUAGAAGUGCUGGGCUCCGAUUGGUUAUUCCUAAUGGCUGUGAAACGUCAUCGUCUGUCGGAUUAGGGUUAGGGUUAGGAUUAGGAUGAGGGUUAGGAGAUUCAGAAGUGCGAUAAUGUUCUGUAGUGUUCUGUUCGAUGUACAGAGCCAAUAGUCCACGUUUGGCUUAAGCAUGUGAUGAUGUUUCCAGCUUUUCUAGCCAAUCAGAGGCGAAGGAGGCGGGACUUUCCCCUACCGUUCUACAAAAAAAUAUAUCGCAUACAGGGGCUUUACACAUCAGCCAUUUCAACUAACAAAUGACUUCAAUGACUCCCAAGUAUCUAGGAUUAAAUCAGGUCAAGAGCAUAAAUGUUUUUCUAAAGUUCUGACACGACAUUUUGGCUGUUUAUUGGUCAAACAAACUCAUCUGUCUUUGUGAACAAGAUGUUUGGUCCUGGCUCCGACUUUAUCUGAGCUCCAGGAAACCGGUAACCGAGGGAAGAACCAAAAGCUUUCCUGUCUUAUCCUGAUUCCUCAUCCUCCAAAACUCCUUAAAACAACAGUGGAUUGGAGAGGAAGCGUGACACGUACGGAAAGUUCCUGAACACAGCAAACACAAACACCGUUUCCUGACUAAAACUGUGCCAUGUGAUUCAGAGCAUCCCAGGACACAUCAUGAACCCCAGGUCGACUCUUAAUACACUCAUUAACAGUUUAAUGAACAAAAGAGGUAUUCAGAGCUCACAAGCUGCUGAGAUUGAAAAGCUUAAGAGCAGACAAAUCCACUUAAAGUAAAAAAGACCAACAAAUGACAUCAAUAUGAGCACACAGACUUUAAGAGGAUGCUUUGAGAGGCAGGAAUAACGUCAGAAAGUGUGACGACAGUAAUCAGAUUUGAGCCGUCUUUGGGAAGAUCAGAACAACAGCAGGAGAGAGAUGCACAACAGCUGGAGGUUUUCUGGUGAAAAACAGGAGUCUGCAGAAAACUGAAUUAUUGAUAUCAAAUACAAAAUACCUGCAUGUGUGUGAAGGAAGCCCCUCUUUUCAUGUCUUGCUGACUGGAGCAUACAAACCAGCGAGCAUAACAGUCUGUGGUAUAAUGUGCCAGUGAUGGAGUCAACAGUCAAAUUUAUUACUUUCUGUCUGACUGCACAGGUCAAACAGUGACACACACAGCCCCAAGGCAGAGACUCAGACUGUUUGUCCAGUUAUGGGGAUAGUCUGAGCCAAGCCUCUGUUACCGUAAUGGUUUCUGUUUUAUUAAAAAGUCUGGAUGAUUUCAGUUCUAUACGAUCAACAUCCAACGAGAUUUUUUACUCAAUCUUAAACUGUUUAGUUUCAUUUUUGAUUUGUGAUUGAUCUUCUGAUUAAUCCUGUGGUCUAGAAAAUCUGAGAGUUGAAAAAAAACACAGUAUUUUCCCAAGGCUAAGUGAUUAGAAUUAAUGAUGCAUCUGACAGUUAAAGCAUGCAUUAUGAGUUUUUUUUGUCAACACACCAAAAUAAAAGGAAACUAGACAAAACCAGCAGACUGAUUUAUCCACAAGGGGGCACCAAAAUUAAAACAAACAGAAUGUUUCUCACAGGAGCUUUAAGAGAGUAAAAACUUAAUAUGCUAUGGACUCAUUAAAUGUAGAGUUCAAUGUUUCCAGUGUUUUUUAAAUUCUCAUUUUUGAUAACUAAGGCCAGCAGCUCAAAAAUGUAAAAAAAAAAAAAAAAAGAGUACAAAUACUGGGUAGCUCUUGCUCUGGUUCAGUAAACACAACAAAAACGCAUACACACACCUGAACCAGGAUCAACUUCAGAAGUGUCUUCUCUGAGCUUAUCGAAGAAGAAAAAGAAAAGUUUCUUAGUGGUCCAAAGUCCUAGAAUCUGGAGAAGGAGUCAAGUGGCACAAAUCUAAUGUGUUUAAGGUCCAGCAUGAAUUUUCUCUAGUCUGUUGUGAGUUGGGGUGCUAUGUCAUUUGCUGGUGUUGGUCUACUAUGUUAUAUUAAGUCUAAAGUCAGCCAGCUGGUUGCCUCCAUGUCAUGCCACACUGAUAACUUAUGGCAAAGAAGCCCCAAUCAAAUACUGAGUAAAGAAGAACAUUUCUGUGUGUGUUAAUUGUUUUCAUGAUUGAUCUUAUGAAAUGUUCUAAUAAUCUGGGUGAUUGAUUUUCACAAGCUAUUAUCCAAACUCAUUUGAUUUCAAACAAAAUGAAUAAGGAGUGUAUGAAAGUUUAUUUUUUGACUUGAAUCAUGAAAUUAAAGAGCUUUUUUGAUGAUAUUCUAAUGUUUUGCGAUGCACCUGUUAGCAAGGUUAUUGAAUUCAUUUAAGGAUUGGACGGACAAUGAAGAGUGCACCAUGUAAACAAUACAGUUGACACAUAAGAGAUUAAAUAAGUCAUGUAUUAGCCUGGUCAACUUAUCAAUCAGUUGGUGUAGUUCCAGAGCAGGACAGGUGUGAAGCAAAAUUUGCAUAAAAGGUAGUUGGUAGAACUCACUUUAGUUUUCUCAGGUGCUUCAUCAGGAGAGGUGGUGUCUCCCUCUUGUCCACCAUAAUCCUCAUCCUGUGUAGCCGUUGGACAUGCCUCAAAGUCAGUGUGCCCUAAAUCAUGCAGGUACUGGAAAAGAGGGGAGUUCUGCAAAGAAAAAGAGAAACAUUGAGCCAUAGUUGAAGAAUGAUGAAUAAGAGGACUGACAGAUAAAAUAAUGCCAGAUGAGUGGAGAAGAAGUGGAUGGAAGAGAGAAAAUGCUCAGUCUGAUGUGGAUUGAGCUCACACACACAGAUUUUUUUCACAGUGGGAAAACGUGACCAAUAAGCAGGGGUAAUGCAUUAGUCAAGUUGGUGUACUUUUCCCUCAGGAUUUAUCGGCACCUCUCUCUCCAGCACGCAGCUUACUUUCUGAUCUAGGAGGAAUGCUGUAAAGCUCAAGUGUCUUCAUAUGUGAAUCUGUAAAUCAUCAUACACUCAUGCACACGUCAAGGCUGUCAUUUGAGCCUCUACCUGUACCCGAGAUUUCCUUGAUAUCCUUCCCUCCUAAGCACAAUCCUUAUCUUCUUAAACACAGCCUAUGUGCUUUCAUGCCUUGAACAAAGAAAGCCCACAAUGAAAUCUGCCAUGAAACAAGCAGAAAAGGAAGAAAAAUAUCCCAUGGUAGAAAUUUUCCAUUGCAUGACCCAGUUCUCUCCCAGCUGCUGAUUGUCUGUUGCAUCGUGAACACUGACUGCUCUAAGCAUUUGUGCUGUUUUGGUGCCUGUGGUCAGCUGCACAGGAGCAUCACAUUUACAGUAACAUCAUACAUCAUGCAACACUGUUCUCAACAUCAUUCAAAUCAGCAGAUAGUAACAGUAAAGCAUUGAAAGGUUACUCACAUGCAUUGUCAUACGAAGUCGCAGCUCAUGUUGUCACCACCCAGAUGUAGCUGCGUGUGUACGUGUGUUUUUGUGUGUAUGUGUGUGUGUGAAGGUUUUUUUUUUCUUCCAGAACCGACGCAUUGGAUCUGGUCAUCCCCACCCCACCUUUAACAACCAGUCUGAUGAAACACCAGCAACAAUGGCACCUCAGCACCCAGCUCAGCCUCUCCCAUGACCACCAAAGCUCCUUGGCAGACAACUAAUACGCAGCCAGCCAAUUAUGUGGAUUUGUUUUGGUCUGUCAAUGCAUGGCAACAGGGCAUACGGCUGCCAAUGGACGAAGGCUAGCACACCUACAAAGCUAUGCUAUCUGGGUAAAGCUAGCUGCCGUUAAAGAACCCAACGUCCACAGCCACCUCAGGGCUAGGUAUGACAAAGCAUCAAUUACAAGUUUCGCGAACAAGCAGCGGCGGGGAUACAAACCUCAAAUACCACAUCUUCAUCAAACUCCUCAGUCAUUGCUCUCCGCCAUCUAUACACAGCCCGUUUUGCAUUCUGAAGUUGUAGGCGCCAGCAGUCGAGAACAGCCGUUGAGAAGUUAGGAGUUAGCCGGUUGCUAAACUUAAUUCUGAACUACAAUUCCCACAAUGCCAAGGUUCGACUGUUACUUUCUCGCGAGUAACGGUCGAGGGGUUGUGCUCGAGAGCGCUCCAAGUGGUCACGAGAGGCUGUGACCCAACCGUUGGUAAAGCAAAGGAAGGAAAAGAAUCGUAAAGUUAGCAAAAUUAUCAAGACAGAACCGGAAAUAUCCUUCAAAAUUAAAGCAUAACAUUUGCGAGAAUGAUAGAAAUUUUAGGGAGAAACACAUUUACAGUUAUGUUUUCAUCAAAUUAAAAGCAUUGAUAUAGCUAAAUAAGAUUAAAAGUAGCAUUCAGUGCGAUUUAAUGGCUGAAGAAGUAAGCCCUGAGUGAACUAGCAGUGGUUUUAUUUAAGCUCAAACCGGAAGUGACACGCGUUCUUAUCUUGUGCUUGAUAUUAUUGAGAAAAGCACCGUGGCUGAAAACUUUGGGAAAAAUGGAAAAAGUAUCAGGCGUUAAGAGUUUAUCAAUGCAUCCGCCCGAGAAAUAAGGAACAGUCGCGUUGCUUCUGCAUGUUUUCUCUCUGAAGAGGUCUUUGGACUGACAAUGGUGUCGAAGGAGGAAAAAUCGCGGAUUUUCUCGCAAUUCCAUUGAAAGUAAAUUUACCCAUGGAGAAAGGAGCCAGUCGGGAGUCAUGAGCACAGGUUUGUUUCGUGUGGGAGCGAUCUUAAUUCAACAAACUCCUCCAACUUUUUGUGUGUAACUAAACUGUAACAUUGACGUUUUCUGAGUUUGAUGUCUCAGAUUGAGGAAUAUGAGGUCUAUAUGUAGUAACGGACAGCAGCAUCCACUCUAUUUCCACUCAGCCACAGUUAAUUACAGUUUUUCUUAAUAACAGCUUUCAAAAUGACACAAAAGAUGACAGGGUUCACUUUGACUGCUUUCUACACCAUCCUUCACAACUCAAAGUCAAAAAUGCCCAAUCCGAAUGAAAUCCCAGUUACUGCUGCAACUGGAGGGGGUUAAAUCCUUUGUCUUAAAACAUCUGUCCUGCUGUUGUUACAAGAAGUUGGAGUCGAUAACAGGCAAACAUAUCGGAUAAAACCAUUCAAAGUUGACCAAAUGUCAAUGGUUAGUUCUUUUCACAAAGAUGGAAACAUGCCAUAGAGUUUUGUGAUUGUUCUUUCAACAACAAAAGCGGUUUAACUACAGAUACCUGGCGUUCCAUGUUACAGCGAAAACAUUAGGCCAAAUUCCGCUUCAAAAUUUGGCACUUAGCUAAUGUGGUCAAGCUCUUACUCAAGUUUGUAUCUAAACAGACUAAGUCAAUUAACUGUGAUGGCAUGCUAUCCAGAACAAAGAUUCGGCUUACAAUUAUACCACUAAGUUGCUCAUGAGUAAAGUUUAAAGUUGGACUUUUCCUGCUUAUCACCGCCAUACCGUAGUGCAUUUUGUUAGACAUCUGAUUGAAUCACUUCUUACACAAAUUCAACCAAAAAUUCAUCGCCGAAUUGAAAGGCGGCCCCCAAUUCUUAGAAUGCGUUGUGAUUUUCUUUAUAACAAUGUAAAGUUUUUAUUGUAAGGCUCAGUGAGUUUAUAACGAAAGACUUAUAAAUGGGGUUCGGUGCGGAACGCUGCUUGUGCCGAGCAGCGUGUUAGGGACAGAGCGCUUUCUUGGUCGUUGGUCUUUUCGGAAACAUCCGCUCGAUGACUCCACUUCUCGUGGUGUCGGCCAGCCAAGAAUUUCAGCCAGUAGAGCGGAAAAUGUGGCCUAUAAUCUUAAUUCACAACUUUUUGUGAGUGGAGUGACUUUAUUUGUAUACACAGUUACAGCCAUUACAGUAUGAACACCUGGGCAGUGUAAUAAGAGCUAUUACAACAACUACACCGUAAAUUCUACUUUCAAAAAGCUUCUGAAUGUUAAGUUACAUCUUAAUGAUCAGACAAGGACUUACAAACCAAAAAAUUGAAAACUCAAACCUUGAAAACCCAGAUUAAAAUUAAUUAUUUUAGUUACUGUUUGUAAUUGUACUUGUCUAUAUCUAUUCAUCGAAAAUAUAAAGUUGUUAUUCUGAGGGAAGUUAUUCAGUUACCCUGUAUUUUUCCAGACACAAGUGCCUAUAUUAGUGUGCCAGUGCCAGUACUAUCCAUCAAUCCAUUCAUUUUCUGAUUCUUACUCACUGCUAAACAACACUUUCCAGCUCAUCCUGGAUGAUUCUAAGGUGUAGGGCUGCCUGAUUAUGCCAAAUAGCAUAAUUACAGAAUCAUUAUUAUUCAAUAUGAUUUCUCUGUGAUUUGGAAAUAUGUGUCAGUUCUUUACCAAUUGUUAUUGUUACAGCCUUUUUCUAAUGGCUCUCUCUGUCCCUCUGCUUUACUAACACACCUGCUUUUCUUGCUCCUCUAUUGAUAAUGCUACACAGCUCACGUUCCUCCACCUGUGGCUGCAUAGUUGUUUGUUUUGAAGAAACAGCCACCCCCCACUUGGCACAUUUUGCAACAACCACAACUUGCAAACUUUUUUUUGUGCAUCAAUCCAAGCCCCUGCUGAUGAUGUAGUGUGGACAACCAGAAUAUGGCUAUAGGCAACAGGGGAUGUAAUUGAAAUAUGAUGAAUUGCCCAGUCCGAGUGCAAUGCUUGCAAUUUAAUGUUGCAUAAGCAGAUCUGUCAAACUCACAAUCCAUUUUACCUGCAAGUUUAAGCACUAGAUUUUGGAGCUGAUUUGAUUUAAGUUUGAUUGUUUGCCAAAUGCAUAAAUACUUCAUUUGAUUCAACCAUCACUUCAGCCCUCAGCUCCUCCCCUCUGACCCUGAGAUUAACCUCUUGACCCUGAUCUUUAACCGAAGCUUGCAGCUGUUAAUGUUGGAGGAGGUGUUGAUGAAGCAUGCUUUCUGCAAGAGUCUGAUUCAUUCGACAGAGAAAAUGUGAGUAAAUGACUUUGUAAUCUCUCUCCUCCCUUUUUCUUGUCCACAGGUGUGAAGAAGCCUCCAUUAGCUCCCAAACCUAAACUCCCUGUUACCACCAAACCCUCUCCCCCACCCAUCGCCCCCAAACCGGGUCUCCUCUGCCAGUCCCAGUCCCUGGUCAUCUCCCAAUCAUCCCCUGCUACCCUAAAAAGGACGAAACCUGCUGUUGCCCCUAAACCAUGCAUUCCCAAAACUACACCCCCUGUUUCACCCCCACCACCCAAACCCGGCGGAGCCAUUAUCCUAUCUCAGGAACAGCAAGAAACUUUGGGAGACAGUUUAUCGCUUCUCAAUUCAAAAAAUGGGAUUUUUACAGAAGACAACAAACGUGACUCGGAUUAUAUCAUUCCUACUUGCUCCUGCGACCAUGAGGAUGGUUUGCUGUGCAGGGGUCUAGAAAAUGGGACCACAACUGAGAUUGGGAGAGAUUUGCACAAAGAGGUGUUGCAGAAUGGGAUUUCUACGGAGGGCUGUGCAGAGACAAGGACACAAGCAGAAAAGAAGGAGGAGGUGGCGGCUACGGAAGAGAAGGGUGAGGGUGGAGGAAGGAGCAAAAAGCCAAGAGAUAAACCUCAAAGACAGAGAUACCUGGACAGAGUUUCAGUGAAUAAAGAGGCGCAGAAGAGUGAGGAGCAGAGAGAGAGCGCCUCAGAGACUAUAAAACAUCCGGACAGUGCUGCUGCUAAGCCUGAUGUGUCAAAAGCAGGUGCACAAACAGAGGCAGACUUAGCAGACUCUAAGUCGGUCUGUGAUGUUGCAGGCAGCAUCAUUUUCCCCUCAACUAUCACCCUUCACGAGUCCGAGGAAUCCUUUCAGGCAGAUCACAGAGAGCCACUCAGCACGACAAGGUUUGACCCUGAUCUGCAGGUCCCUGCUGCCCCCAGUAAGCCUCUCCCGGUCCCCCAGCCACGCAAGUUUAAAAAGCCAACCCUGGUGAGGCAGGAUGGCAUCGAGGGCAGUGCCAGGGAUCAAACAGCAGAGGAGCUGAAACAUGGAGUUGAGAUUCAGGAGGCUGAGGGGAGUCUAGCUCGUCUGUCUCUCAGUUCAGUGGAGCUAAAACGGGACUCCUGUGAGGACCUUUUACAACAAACACACUCAGGGGUGGGAGAUGAUGAGCCCGACGCUCCUGUGCCCCCUCCACGACAGACGUCGCUCUCUCCUCGCCUCCACAGGACAAUGCACCUGCCCUCAUCCUCUCUCCACAAAAACACCUCCCUCUCCUUAGAUUUGCUCUCACAUCCUGACUCAGUGAGCCAGAAAAAAGAGGGUGAGGAGCAGCGAGUGGAGGAGGAAGAGGAGGACGGAUAUGGUGACUUUGAGCGCUACCCAAUCACGCACAGCCUCCCCAAGCAGAUCAAACUUGGCUGUCACCCUCUGCUGGCUAACUCUAGGAAAGCUUUCUCCGCUGAGGACCAUCCGUCACCCAGAGCACCUCCCAGGAAACCUCAGAGACACAGCCUGCCAGCUCCCCCUCCUCCAUCUAUAUGCCCCCCGGCUCCUCCUCAUGCCAACACCCCCAUGAGGGAGCUGCCUGCACCCCCUCAGGAGAAGACAUCAUGGCGUUUCACCCGACCCUGCGUCACUUUCUUCAGCAGACAGAUGCCCACCAGGAGCAGUGUGCCACCAAAGGGCCGAGCCCCUGCGCUGGGGGGCAAGCAGAGGGCGCAAUCCUUUUCCGCAGCAGAUCUGGCAACCCGGGCCGACUCUCACAAGAGGAGCCUUUCUUUCCGGAAGCUACUGGAGCUCCGGCUGUCAGUCAAGAUGCUGCCAAAGCUGCUGGCCAAAGGAGGCCAGUCUUUGGACUGUACCAGCGUGGAGUCAAACCGGGGGGAGAGGAGCAUGGAGCGACCGAAGAGCUGCAUAGGGGAGGCUGAUAUUUGUGGAGAAGGGGGAGACGAUUUGGUGGAGUAUGAGAACGUUCCUCUGUAUGAGGAGAUCCCUGAGUACAUGAACCUGCCAUUUCAUAGCGGGAGGCUGGGCUGGCCUCAUGACUCCGAUGAUUCAGACAUCUAUGAGGUGCAGGAUCCCUAUCACAGAUACCAGGACCAUGAGUAUGAAAGGUACGGUCUUUUGCAUUUGUAGAGUUUUGGAAACUUUUUACUAUCAUUGCUAUAACUUUUAAUUAACAAGUGUUUUUUUUUUUAAGUAUUACUAGGUGGCGUUUAUAGAAGUACCACUGUAGAAAGAUGACAAGCUUUACUAUGGAAAGUAGAGAAGCAAAAGGAUGUUGAACCCCAAUUCCAAAAGAUAGCACAAGGACAACACACCAAAUGUUGAAACUGAAAAUUUCUAUUGUUUCAUGAAAAAUAUAUGGUCACUUUGAAUUUGAUCGUGGCAACAUGUUAAAAAAGUUGUGGCAGGGGCAGAUUUAACACAGAUUUUCAUUCUCUCUUCUUGUAACAACACACUGGGACUGUUAAGAACCCAAUGGGACAAAUUCUUAGUGUUGCAUGAUUCAGUUUUGACCAGCAUCUAUGGAUACAGUAACAAACUGUAGUCACUGACAGUGGAUUUCUAAAGUGAUUUUGAGCCUGUGCAGUGAUUCCCACUCCAGAGUCAUUUGUAAUUAAUGCAGUGCUGCAGGAUCAUGGGCAUCCAGUUUUCCUUUUGGAACUCAUUCUUGUCAAAUGAGGUUCAAUCAUCUCUUUAAAUGACAUUAAACUAUUGGACCACUUGCUAACGCGGUCUCUCACAGAGUGGUGAACCUCAUCCUAUCUUUACCUCUGAAUCAGCCUCUCUGGAAUGCCCUUUUUAUACCCAGUCAUGUUACUGACCUGUUUUAGAUUAACAUAAUUAGUUGGGAGAUGUUCCUAAAGGGUUUUUUUUAGCACUGCACAACUUUUUCAGAGUUUUUGUCCCAACUUUUUUUAUUUGAUUUGUUGGCGCCCAAUAAAAAAAUAAGCAUGUACAUUACAAAUAUUGAGUUUCAACAUUUGUUAUAUUGUCUUUGCGCUAUUUUCAAUCAAACACAUGGUUGAAAUGAAAUGACUGUUAUUGUGUUUAUAAGGUGAUCCAGUUGCAGACCUGCACAAUAAACUUAUUAACUUGUACUAUAGUUAAUCCUACAGUAUGGCUGAAUGCAACAUCCAAAUCACAAAAGCUUCAAUGCCUUUAUAAAAGUAGAAUUAUGUCAUGAACGAGUAUUUUAGUGAUGCAGAUGCUCUGAUCCACACGUUUUUUUCUCUAACUGUACAAUCAAAGUUUCCCAAGACCACAGGAUCAGGAUUUCAAAAGUUUUUAUUGGUCAAUAAAAUGAGUCAUCUAGGCAUUCAGAUUCCAGCUAAUUGUGAUUCAUGUAGUGUUUGUGUAACAGGGGUAAUAGGGAAAUUACUCACAGUUUUGUGUUUUUCUCAUAUCCUGUAGUUAUGUCACAUGGAUUCUUAUCUUGAAGCAAUGCAAACUGAAGCAAACAUCUGUUAAUUUCAGUUCAUCAGCACCAAUUAAGUUGUCUUAACCCCUCAACUAAGCAAGAAUCUCAUCCUUCCUUGCACUGCAUUUCCACUCAGAGCCCAUCUUGGCAUUAUUUCAAGCUAUUUAUUUUAGUUUGCCAUGUGGUAAGAAGAAAGGUCAAGGUGUCUCCUAAAGUCUGAAAACGUGAGUGUUCAACAUCUGUUAUCAAGAAAACUUCCAAGUUAGGUUCAAGAAAAAAGACAUGUCAGUACUCUGAACCAUGGCUUCUUUUGUUUAUGGAAAAAAAAGAGCGUGAAAGCAGACGUAGGCUGAAGCUGCAGCCCUGCUGUCGAAGAGUUAACCCUGCUGCUGCUGCUGCUGCCCUGUAAUUUCAGGUGAGCUGCAGCUUCAGUGUGGGAACCUCUAAGAGCGACAGGUUGCACAGGUGAUAUUAGUGGUUUAUAUUUACAAGUGUGUGAAAGUCGGCCUGUGAGCCAGUGGCACUGGAUUUGAAUAGAGCAUUGAUGUGCUGCAGGUCGGCCUGUUUUCCUGUGGGUUAUUUUCAGUGGCCAGGGCAGGAAAUGUCUGAGAAUCGCAGAAACGCCACACAGCUCUCUAGAACAGGGAAAAUAAACCUCCAGCAACCACCGGCCUCCUCCUCCUCAGGCUAGCCGCCCUCGCACUGUGCUUAGCCUCUUCUUAACCUCAUCACUCCACUUUUCUUCUCUCUGCGUGUCUGUGAGUUAUGUUUUCAACCUGGUAAACUACCAGAGGGCUGUGGCAGGGGAAAAAAAGAAGCUAAGUAACAGCCACCUAUUCAUCCAGCCAUUAUCAAUACCCCUUUAUCCUUUUAUCAGGGAUGCAGGGGGGGCUGAAGCGACCUAUUCUGAAAGAUUUUGCCAUGGUUUAUUGUGGGAAUCAAAGAACUUUAUCAUUGCAAAAUCUCCUCCAGCUAUGAACAUGUUUCAAACCUGCUGUGUCAUGGUGCAGUGGAUCCAGUUGUUUCUUGGCUUAAAGCAGUGGCAUGAAACGUUUUCAUAUCUUGCACACACACGUGAAGUUAAACUGUUGGAUGUAGGACUUAACAUGGACAUAGUUUGAAAUUGUGAGGAAAAGGCAAGUUUAACCUCUGUCCCUGAAAGACAGUAAAAGGGUGACUCCCGUACUGGCAGGGAAAUAUCUAACUGUCAGCAAGAGCCUGAUAUGUGCAAGUGAACUACACUGCACAUGCAUUGCACCUAUUUGCAUCAGUACCUCCUACAAGUUGAUCAGUAUAAUGUUUAGAGGGAAUUCUCCCCUCACUGAGUCACAGGGACUUUUCUGCUUGUGCUGGCUCUAUGUAUGGAAAUAAACAUGGAAAUAGUGAUGAAAACAAAGUAUUUAUUUGCCCUUUGACUCACAGAAUAUAGUAUGGCAUGAGCAUUAAAACAACAAAUUGAGCAUACAGGGAAAUGUUUGGACAGCUCUACAGACCCUGGUGAAUGAUUGUAUUAACAGCAGUGUUUUGUUUCCCCUCCAUCAGUGUAGUGGUUUAAAAAAAAAAAACACCUUAUUUACACCCAACAAAAACAAACUAGUAUUUAAAUAUAGUUGUCAAUUCAAUCUACUAAAAGCUUUGUUUUUGGUCUCCACCACCCCCAUUUAACUUGUUUAAAGGUCGAUUUAAGGUACGUAGCCCUCUCUGUUGUCUAGUAUUUUCUCUUACUUUUUCUAUCAUCCCUUCAGUUCAGGUAGGAACUGGUAGGAAACAGAAAACAACAAUGGAAAGAGCAAACCUCACGUUAAAGCUACAGAUGUGAAAUGAAAACAAAGGCUGCAGAGGAGAGCCACCCUUUUAACAUUACCUGACAUAAUUCCAUUAAUAUUAAAGGUCCUGUGAGGAGUUUUUUGAUGUCCAUAAUUUAGGCUUAAAUUCAUAUGGAUGCCUUUUCAUAAUAUAUAUAUAAGCAAACAAGAUCAUCAGCAACAAGACUGACGAAUUUUAGACUGUAUUUUUUAACACCUGAAACUGGUGCGAAGGGGGUAGGUGUCAGUCAAGCAGCUAAGAAAACAGCUGUUUCUUUAAAUAUUUUAUUAAAUCAAAUAUUUACAAAUUUGACAGUCAAAAUCAGAGGAUUAGUUUUUUUGACGCAACUCAAGUAUGUAAAGCAGUGGUUCUCAAGUCCAGUCCUCGAGGCCCCCUGUCCUGCAUGUUUGGAUGUUUCCCUGCUCCAACACACCUGAUUCAAAUGAUCAGCUCGUUAUCAAGCUCUGUAAUGGCUUAAUAACGAGCUGAUCAUUUGAAUCAGGUGUGGUGGAGCAGGGAAACAUCCAAAACAUCCAGGACAGUGGGACUGCACUUGAGAGCCACAGAUGUAGAGGACAAGACAAGCAAAGACUUCUUUGUCCAAAGGGGGCGCCAAAGUUGACACAGACCGAAAGUUCCUCACAGGAGCUUUAGUAAUAAAACAUAUUAGUCAGCGCAGCUUGAAGAAGCUGAAACUGGAGUUAAUUUGGCUGUUUGCAAGGUCAGAGUGAACGAGGACUGGUUGUAAUAAAUGAACUCAUUAGCGAAAUCAGCACCAGUUAAUUAAACAAGGCACCAGGCCAGCAAACAUUACUGUCGCUCAGUCACAUUCAUGCCAUUUAGGUCUCAUUGCGUCACUGUGUUUCUGAUAGUAGGCCCAGACUGACUGUUGUCUCGAGGACUUGUUUGGUUGAUAGACGGCAUGGUUCUUGUUUUGUCUGUCAAACCAUCACUGAGCACCGUUAGUGAUAAAGUCAGUGCCAAGUCAGCUGACUAUGAAGUGUGAAACUGAGUGUUAGAAAAACAAUUAAGAUGUGCUGAGCUUCUUAAUUCAGUCUGGUAUGCAGAGUGGUUACCACAGUGUGAGCGGAGAAGGAGGGAGUGAGUGAAUCUGUAGUGUUUCCCAGGCAUCUCAGCCUGUUAAGUUUAUGUAAGUCACCCCAGGCUGUAAACAAGUGGCGCUCUGUGCCUGACCCAGUGUGUUGGAAUGCUCGACUAUAGAGAAAGAAGUGAGGGAGAGUGAGUGUGAAUUGAGAUUUAGGUCAAAGAAACUGUCAGGAGGCACGUAAGAAAAACAAGGAAGUGCAGAGAGAGCGAGAGGGUGGGUUAUUACAGAUGAGUGAGAGGAAAUGUGAGAAUUUUUGGAGUCCCACAGUCUUUCCUAUUUAAUAUUUAUUCUACACAUCACCCUUUGUGCCAACAUCUACAAGCUCCUACACAGAGGGUUAUGUAGGAGGGCAGGGAAACAGCUGAGGAGGCAAAACCAAAACACAUUAAUUCCUCCUCAUCUUACAACUGCGUUCAUCAGUCUUUGAAAUCAGACAGCCUGUGUCUACGGAGAGCGAGAUCAAAACAGAAACGACACACAAACACAAGUUGCUGCUUGUACUGACCUGGCAGACAACACUUUUUAUGGGCAGAGCUGAGUCAAGAGUGUUGUGUUGCUUCCAGUAGAAGAAAUGAGAGGAAUAUGAGUUUUAACCUUGUUGGCAACAUUUAGAGAAAAUAAGUUUGGAAAAAAUAGAGCUGUUUUUGUACAAACAUUGAUAGGAAUAAGAGAAAGUGAAAGCAUUAAACUUCUCAAACUUUACUAUUAGUAACUGUAAGUGAUCACAUCGCUCAGAAGCGCUAAAUAAUCAGCAGUAAGUAAAUGCAACACAACUCUUUGCCACUUCUACAACAUUUAAUGAAUGCAUAACCUGUUAAAAAAAAUACUCCAGCAUCGAGAGGAAGAACAGCAGGUAAAUACGAUGUGAAACUAACAGUUUUACAAUAGAUGUACAGUACACCAGAAGAUAAACUGAAUUUAAUGAAAUGCAAAAACAUUUCACAAAAUGAAAAAUGAAAAACACAAUAUGUACACAAAAAUAAUUGUUUAGAUGCAAGAGUAUCUAACAAAACACUGGAUUUUUUUCAUGAAACACAAAAAUAUUUCAUGAAAUGCAAAAAAGUCACACAAUAGAAAUAUUUUAUGAAAUGCAAAUUAUUUGAAAAAAAAUCACACAAAAAUACAAAAAAUCUUAAGUGCAUAACUGUUUAACAGAACAUGAACAUAAAAUACAUAAAGAUUGAAAAAAAAAUGAAAAAAAUGACUUAACCCUUAAAAAAUCGCAAAAUUCAAAAACAUUUAAUUGAAUCAAAUUUUUUUAUGUUUCUUAAAAUUUCUAAGGUUUCAUGAAAUAUUGUUGCAUUUUGUGGAAACUUUCCUGUGUUGACAAAAAUCUUGAGUGUUCCAUAAAAUAUUUUAUGAAAUAAUUUUAUGUUUCUUUUAUGCAUGUGCAGUGGACCUUUAGGGCCUCCAUACUGUUGAGUUCAGCAUAAACUUAAACUGUCAAAUAUGGACAAAGUUGCUUCUUACUUUCUUAUAAAUUAGUUAAUUAAUUGGGUAUUAGGUAUCAGACACACAAAAAAAAUGAGAUUGUUUUCAUUUUUAGGUUUCUUUUAAUCAGUUAUCUUUUUCCUCUCAUUUGUUUGAGCACUCAAUCUGUCGAUGACUCAUCCCCUGUUGCCGAUUUCUUUAAACCUCUAAAUUAAAUGUGUUGAAAUGAUUCCUAUCAUUAGAGUUGUUGUCACAGUGCAGUCAGUGUUUUCCGCUGUACAUGGUCUCCAAAGAUUAAGUGAGCUCAACUAGAAAAGUCUCUGUCUGUCACAAAACCUGCCCAUGACCGUCAAUAAUCUUUGUUUAUCUGCUGUGGCUCCUCCUCAGCUUCUCAUUCACAUAUUUCAAUGUUCCCAACGAAUCAGAGAUAAAUUUAGCUCUUUGUUUAUGUCCCUCUGAUUAUUGCUCUGCUUUUGUUUGUUGUGUUGAAUAUACUGUGUUUGUGUUUUGAUGAAGCAGUGACUGGCUCAGACAGGACAUCCACUCUGAGGAGGAGGAGGGGAUCCACAGCUCUGAUGACGAGGACAACAGCUCCACUUCCAGUAAGGAGCACCUGGAUGAAGCAGACAGACAGGUAAUCUCCUCCCUUGAGAGUGUUUAACAGUUUACUCAUCAUACAGUAUUACUAUAGAGUUGUGAACUCGUUGGAUAUACAUUAAAAGUAACUGAAACUUUUCAUUGUUUAAAUCAUCUCUGCUCAAGUGCAAGUUAAAGGGAUAUUCUGGCAUAAAAUUAAUUUAGAGUCAAACACACCGCAACACAGAGUUAGAAACCUCCUCGAGAGAUGAAUGUAGUAACAACUGCAGGAUAGAAGAACAAAAGAACUACCGUAUCUGCAGAGCAAAAUGAUUAAUAUGGUGAUUAUUACUUGGAAAUGAUAAAGUAAUGAUCAUAAAUGUUCUUCCUUGAGCUGUGUCACCCCGCUGUAGUCCGUAAUGGACUGGCCUGAGGGCUCGCUAAAAAUAAGUGGCUGCUGGAAGAGAGUAGGUGAAUUGUGUUUAGUCUCUUUGCUAAAAAAAAUUAGGCAAAGUUAAAAAGAUGUUUGGUGGCUAGUGCUGUGGCUAGGACCCUGUAUUUACUGUUGAUGAAGUUAGGUGCUGUUCUGAGCAUUAUUUGUGGCUAUAGAGUGGCGUUUUGGUUGAGGUUUGUUUAUGGUUCCUCAGACCGCUGUGAAUUGCUGUCAUGCGGUUGUUACUCAAGUUGGUAUAACUAGAGAAGUAAGCGGUCGCCAACAUUCAUCUUUUAAGGGGUUGUCUAACUCGGUGUAACGGUGCAUUUGACCCUAAAUUAAUUUUAUGCCGGAAUAUCCCUUUAAAUUGUGAGUUGUGAAAAUUAGGCCUUGGGUCAGGCACUUUAAAAACAUAGUCCAUUUACCAUUUAGUCCAAUCUCAGAUCCUGUGAUUUCCAAAGGGAAUGACAAAUUUUGAUUGGUUGGACCAUUCUUUAGGCCCAGAGAAAUCAGUUCAGGUGGACCUAUACCACCGUUAUAAAAGAUUUCCUCUGGCACAGUGUUUACUCACAGUGGUAUCUGGAAGUGAUUUGGUUUUCAUGCAGUUCAGCCUGGGACCUCAGAGAUCACGGCUGUACCAUAUUGGUUUUUGACCUUUAUGUAAUUUUGUGCCAAGGACAUGUUUAGCUCACACAGUCUCUCACAGAGUCUCAGCCUCCCUGUACAGCCCCUUUUAUAUUCAGCCGUGUGGCUUAAAUGUUUCAAAUUAACCUGCUCAGUUGGGAGAUAUUCCCUCUGGUGUUUUGUUUUUAGGGAUUAUGCAACUUUUUUAGUGUUUUGAUGUCUGCUAUACCCCAGUCUUCAGCUCUUUGUACUAUUUUCAAUUCAAUAAAGGGUUUAAAUAAUUUUCAAAUGAAGCAAAAAGAGCGUGUUAGUACAUGCCUGCCAUUUAUCUACUCUUUACAUACAUGCAGAAGUAUCUAUGACCCAUUUUCAGACAUGAUGCCAUCAAGUGAAAGAGGCAGAGCGUUUGCAGAUUAAGUCUGGAAUCUCUUCAUAUCAGUGCUGGUGUCUAAAGUGUCAAACUGGAGCCUGAUGUGAUUGCGUGAAUGUUUGUUGAUUGCCUGUCACAGCCUCAGAAGUAGGUGUGUAUGUUUGCGUGCGUUCAUGCGUGUGUUUGUGUGCUGUGAAAGGGGGGCAGUGGGCUAACAUGAGGGUUACAGGUUCAGGAAUAGCUCUCUUAAUGACUGAAUGAGAGUUUUUUUUUUCCCCCCUCUUGCGUGACCCUCUCUGCUGAUAAUGUCAGCGCCAGAGUCUGAUGCCCCUCGCAGCUCUUGGGUAUCACACAAAACACACACAUGCAGACACACACAGAGGCUCCGAUAGGACCAGGGGGCACAUUUCAGUCAAGCUGGGGGCCAAGGCUGCUGUCCAAAUUAAGUCAUUGAGAGACCGCCCCAUUACCAUUCAGCAGCACACACCAUCAGAGACACUGAGGCAGAGGAGGGAGAGGUUGGUGCUCUACUUUCGGGGCCUGAUUGAGCUGUUGUUUGGACGGCUGUAAACUAAGUCCUGAUGGUUUUACCGAGAGAAACAGGACCCAGUCAUCAUGGUGGUUUGCAGUGAGCCUGUGAGUGAACGGCGACUUGUUUUGGUAAAAGUCGGUGGCUGUUAGCGUUUCUGACUGUGUUGUGUUUGUAUUCUUUCAGCAGGAGGACGAGAUGAAGAGGAAGAAAGUGGUGCACAUUGCGCAGGAGAUUAUGAGCUCUGAGAAAGUGUAAGUGCAAACAAAAAAACACUUUUAAAGUAGAAUUUUUGUUAAAAUCUUUCACAUUUUAUGAUUUCUUAUUGUUUCUUUUUGCUUUUUUAACAGGUUUGUGGACGUCCUCAAGCUUCUUCACAUAGUAAGUGUCGUAUUUAUUCAAGAGUUUUAUUUAAAGCUUCGUUCUUUCAGCCGUCAGGGGAAGAAGAGAGCCCAACAUAAUAACUUUCCGCAGACGCUGUGAUUGUUUUGAAAGGCGUUCAAAGCUUUUUUUUUUUCUCCCAGGGAUGGACAUGAAUUAAUGAGCUUGUUGGCUGUCUCCACUUAAGUGCCCAUACAGAGCUGAAUAAUGCAGUCAUUUCAAAGCAGGGGCUCCUUAAUGUUGCUGUGCUGGAGGGUUUUGGUCUCUCUGGUGGGCGGCAGUGGGCAGGUGAACACACGGCCACAAGAAAGUAGUGCCGCUUUGAUCAGUGUGUGUGUUUGUAUGAGUGUUUUGAGUAGGAAAAAGAUUAUUAGCUUGUCUGUAAUUCAGGUUUGGUUGGUUUGGCUCCGUUAAAGUGAGCGUUGUAUUUUGUCUGGCGAGUCAAAAAGCGACAAAAUUUGUUUGUUCAAGCUCCUGUGAUGGUCCUGCAUUGUAUGAGCUGUGAACGUAAAUAAGACCCUAAAUGACCAGAUUCAAUGUUUCUGUUAAGUCAUUUUUGAGGCGUCAGCAUCUUUUUUUUUUUUUAGGGAGGAUUUUUUUAUUAGAAUACACACCUUGUACACAAGCACAUGACAAAAUCAGUGAAAGAUAUGAGGCACCAGUUUGUCAGCAUCAAAACUGACACAAACCAAAAGUUUCCUAUUGGAGCUUUAAUAUGAUUUUUUCAUGGUUUGUUUUUGAGAAGUUGCUCGCUUUAAAAGAGCAAAACGAAGCUUUUAUAAAUAGCAGAUGAUUUUUUGAGACAUGACAAGUGAGACUAAAGACAAAUGAACUUCCCUUCGAGGAUAAAAUAGAUUUAUUUAUAUUCUUUAGAAAAAACAUCUUGUUGUAAAUACUAAUAUUAUGCACUAGUUUACUUAAGUGAUAUUUGACUGAUACGCAAAAGAUGACUUAUUCCCAAUAGAUAAUAACUUGUUUCAACUGGACAACAACUUUUUAGAUCAAGUUAGCUCAUUCGCACAAGACUAGUUAAAGAGACUUUAACUUUUUUUCACACAAGAUCAUACCUCGUAUGCACUUGAUAGUUAACUUGUGCAAAUGAGUUGUUUUCUAAAUAUAUUUUUUGUACGCAGUGUGAAAAGUUUUAGUAGUAUUAAAAGUUUUUUUUGUGGGGCUUCAGGGCCUCCGUAGAUCUCUGAUAGCUAUCCUAACAAACUUUACGAUGUUAAUAUUUCCAAGAUACUGAACUUCAUCAUACAUAAUGUUUACAUCUUCUUUUUAUUAUUCUUGUUGUAUAUUAUUUUCUCUGUUGUCAAAGGAAUUGCAGAAUCAUUAAAAAACCCUGGGAUGGUUUUAGACAUGAAGAAAAGAGCGCUGUAAUAGUUGAUCUUUAUUCUACACAUCUUAUUUGCUUUCUUUGGUCUUACAGAGAAAUCAGGAUCAAAUGCAGACUGUUAAACAAUCAACUAAAAUCUGUUUAGGAGCUUUAAAGGACAGAAAUCUCAUGUUUAACAGCUGCUGCUGCUGGGACUUUGUUGGGAAAGACAGAGAGAAAGGAAAAACAGAGAAAGAGCAACAGCACAAACAGUUGCUCUGCUCCUGAUGUUAAACCACGUUGUUGCUCCUCUUGUAGCACGCUCUUCUAUUUUGAAUGAAGCCAGAACUAACAGGAGUCAUGUGACAGGAUGACGUCCGGUUGUUGUCAUGACAGGAGCAAAAUCAAGCCGGUCUUGUGACUUUGACUGUCAGUAUUUGUAAAUUCUGCAGCUCUGUACACGUGUUCGGUUCUAAAAAUGUUUCAAACGGACACAGACAGUGAUGUCAAACAAGUAUGGACAGUGUGUUACAAGGCUCAGCAGGAGGUCCUGUCCUGAGUGGACUCCCAGGUGAGAGGGUUCAGACAGCCCACGCAGAGGCCCCGGGGUCCACCUGUCUGGAGGCCUCAGACGUGGCUUUAGAGGAGCCCACCACAGGAUUAGUAGAAAACGUCGUCCUGUGGCUGACGGGGGAGGGCGAGGCGAGGCGUGGCCCUCUGUCCAAGAAAAGAGGUCAGAUCGCAUUCUUCUCUCUCUGCGGACGAACCCGGCCGAGCAGCAGCUGCUUCCUCAGGCCACAGAGACGACCUCCAGACACACGCAUACCUCAGAUAAUCCCCUGUGUGCGUGUGUGUGUGCAGUGAGUGUUGUGUGGGUGCGGGUCAAGUGGGUGCGUGGGCUGGUGACUGUGUGUGUAGAGUUGUAGCAUGUCAUCCUGCCCAUGUGUUUACAUUUUUGGCCCCUUUUGAAGUUUAUUCGUGACCAAAGUUCAUGUGUGUUUAGUGACUAUUAAGACAGCGGUUUGUUGGUUUAUAUUAAGCACUGAAAGACUGAGAGGGGGCAGCUUUUUUUCCCCUGUCAGCACAAGUGAAGUUAUAUAAGCUGUGAUGAUGAAUACAUCAUGAUGCAGCUGAAUUUCCUACAGUCACUUCAAACUUGUUUAGCUUCUUUUUUCACUCGUUUUUGUGAUUUUUUUUUUCUGUUCUUGGGUCUCUGCUGUGAUCAAAUGAGACAGCAGAGAUUUUAAACCAGCUGAUUCUGCUUUUAGUAACAUUCGGCACAGUUUCCCAUCCCUUAUAGAAAUGGGUUGUACUUGGGAGGGUUAGAGAGUAAGCACAAGGUAAUCACGUCACUGGGAUCCUGCGUGGCCUCCCUGCUUCCUUCCAGGUGGAUGUGAGUGUUGGCACACAUCAGACAAAGUUAAGAGUGCUUACUCAGCUCCGCGCAUGUGAUGUGCAUGUCUGUGUGUGCGUGUGUGUAUGUGUGUUGUUAAAAGUGCGUGCAGAGUUGGUGGGGAAAGUGUGGAGGAGGGGUGAACUUUAUGAGGUGACAACCAGGUGUUCUUGGAGAGCUGUAAUAUAGUAUGUUGGUCAUGUGUCACUGCACCCUAUACAACAGUGUGUGUCUGUAUGUGUGUGAAUAAUGAUACUAUACUGUAUGUCCUUUGUGUCUUUUCAGGACUUCAGGGAUGCUGUUGCCAAGGCGACCCGGCAGAACGGGAAGCCAGUGGUGGACGAGCGGAUCCUCAAUCAGAUCCUGUAUUACCUGCCACAGCUGUAUCAGCUCAACAGAGACCUGCUGAGGGAGCUGGAGGAGAGGGUGGCCCACUGGUAAACACACACCGACAAUCCUGAGGACGUUUCAUGAGCAGUCAAUUAUUGCCUGGAGUUUUACUCUGACAGUUCCUGACCAAUAUUAAUUUACCUUAAUAUAACCUUAAAUCUUACCCUAACCUAACACGAUAAACUCUUUAACCUAAAAAUAAAACAAUAUAAAAAAACGGUGUAAAAUUAAUUUAGGGUCAAACACGCCGUAACAUUGAGUUAGACACCCCCUCGAGAGAUGAAUGUUGCCGACCGCUUGCUUCUCUAGUUAUACCAACUUUAGUAACGACCACAGGAUAGCAAUACACAGCGGUCUGAGGAGCCAUCAACAAACCUCAACCACGACGCCACUCUAUAGCCACAAAUAAUGCUCAGAGUAUCAACAGUACAUAUAGGGUCCCAGCCACAGCACUAGCCACCAAACAUCUUUUUAACUUUGCCUAAUUUCUUUAGCAAAGAGACUAAACACAACUCACCUACUCUCUUCCAGCAGCCGCUUGUUUGUAGCGAGACCUCAGGCCAGUCCAUUACGGACUGCUGCAGGGUGACGCAGUUUAAGGAAGAACAUUUAUGAUAAUUUCUUUAUCAUUUCCUUGAAGUAAUAAUCACCAUAUUAAUCAUUUUACACUGCAGACGCAGUAGUUCUUCUGCCUUAGCGUCUCAGUCUGAUUGCAUUUCUAUGAAGGAAGGAAAGCAAUCAGAAUGAUUUGUGGCUAUAGAGUGGCGUUGUGGUUAAGGUUUGUUUAUGGUUCCUCAGACCGCUGUGUAUUGCUAUCCUGCAGUUGGCAACAUUGAUCUCUCAAGGGGGUGUCUAACUAGGUGUUGAGGUGUGUUUGACCCUAAAUUAAUUUUAUGCCGGAAUAUCCCUUUAAAUCUUACCCUGACCUGACAUGAUAAACUCUUAAACCUUAAAUAUAACAAUAUUUUUUUUGGAGGGGGGGUUCAUCAUUUAGUCCAAAUUAGAAGGGUAAUUCUGCACCAUGUGAUCAUCAAGAUCUCAAAUCACCAAGAAAAGCCCCUCUAACUUAACAUUGUGUUUUUUUCCAACCUGAGGUAAUAUCCUCUCUUCCUCUCCCCAAACACACACACACACACACUCUCCUGUCUUAAAACCCCUCAUUUAGCGCACUUAAAAGGCAGUUUAAACAAAAGGGGGAAUACCAGUCAUCAUCCAACACAGGGAGUGUUGUGACUCACCUGUUAGCAGAGCUGUUUCCCGGUUCGACUUUGACUUACUGUAAUUGCUGUCAUUGUGCAGGUGUCCUGUGCAAUUAGGAGUUUAAAUGGACAGUUUUGCUGCAUUUGAUAUAAUCUUUUUUAACUAUUUAAGUGUUCAACCUGCAAAUGUUUCUACUGCCUUCUACAUCUUUUUAGCUCUACCUUUGAAAGUGAAAAAAAACCAUAAAAUUCUGUGUCUAUAAAGCAUCAAGACAACAAAGUAAGAAGUUUGUUCUUAUGUUUUGUAAAUUCAGGAGUGAAUUUUACGAACAUUCCGACCCAAAGAGGCAACCCUUAAAUCACACAUAACACAUUUUGAAUGAAAUAGGUAAUAAAUACGAUGUAACAGGGAUUUUAGGGCAUCUGCAGACUGCAUUGCAAUGUUAAUUUUCAUUUCCAAGUAUUCAUGCUAAUGUUUGAUCCUUUUUUGUUGUCUGAUGCCACUGGCAUACCUGCUAACUGGAUCUCUUUCUGCAUGUCUGGCUUCAGGGCUGAUCACCAAAGACUGUCAGACAUAUUCGUCCAGAAGGGUCCUUACUUGAAGAUGUACUCCACCUACAUCCGCCAGUUUGACAACAACGUGGCUCUGCUGGACGAGCAGUGCAGGAAAAACACAGCGUUUGCGGCUGUUGUCAGAGAGUUUGAGGUAAGCAGCCAAUUUGAGACUUCCUGGGAUCAAAUUGACUUAUAUCUGGUCUAAAUUGGUCCGUUUUCAGCAUAACAAUGAAUCACUCAGUAGAAAAGUCACAUCAUCACUGUUUUUAUCCUGUCUGCCUCUCUGUUUGUCUUCUCUCAUGGAUGUUUGUUUUGUCUCAGAUGAGUCCGAGGUGUGCCAGCCUGGCUCUGAAACACUACCUGCUGAAACCAGUACAGAGGAUCCCUCAGUACCAGCUGCUGCUCACAGGUACAAACACACACUGACACUAAUCACACAGUCCUCGUUCUGGUCUGUCCUGCUGACCUCUGCACACUGAAAGUUGAGAGUUUAUUGAAUCACAGCCUUUUUUUAUUGACAGCAUGUGGAUGAAACUUGGACUGUGGUCGGGUCUUUCUGUUGCGGCUUUCUACUGGUUUUGGGGCUACAGUGACACUCGGUGGACAAUCGUAGUAACAGAAACCAGAGUGACACCAGUGACAUUUACAUGAUUUACUAGGAGAAACCGCCUGCACAAUUACAGCAAAUUUUUUCAGUUAACUUUGACAAAAUAUAAUAUCUAUCAUACUUAAAUUAGACUUUUGGUGAUUUUCGCUUCUCUGUACUUAUGCUGAGCAACACGUAAUUUGGAAAGUCCAUUUCACUCACUAUUUUUGGCAAAAACAAAGGAUAUCAGAUGUUACUUUAUUAAGAAUCAACCGCAUAGUUGUCAAAGAUUUAAAAAAUGUCAUACAAUGACAUUAUAAUGCUUGUAUGCAUUUUUCAGAACAAGAAAAAAAAAUAUCUCUAAAUAAAAGAUAACAUUAUUAAAGGAUCUCCUCUUCAAAAUAACUACUUUUGCAAUUUCUGAAAAUACUUUUGCAUUAUAUAUUUUUUCAUAUUUAAUUAAUUGUCUGUAUUGGCUUGUUUUUCACAUGCAUUUACACACUGAACAAUUUUUCCAUGUUUGAAUGAAUUGAAAAAUAUUGCAAAAAAGUUUUUAAGUGUGUUGUCUCUGCUCUUCGUGUGCGUUCUCUGUAUGUAGUAAAUUAGGAGAGUAAAGUUUUAUUUUAAAUUUUAGAUUAAAUUUUUAUUUUGUCAGGAGAAGUAAAUUUUCUUUGUUUACGUGACUUUUCCUUCCAUAAAAAGUCUUGAAUUUAUAGAAACUUUUUAAAUCUUGUAAAUUCCUGUGGAUGGACUGCCUUCUCUUCUGUUUCUGUGUCUCUUGUUCUUCAAAUGCAACUACACUGUGUUGACUUUUUUUUCUCAAAAUUAAAAAAAAAACAAAAUUUUGCUCUUUUCCAGAUUAUCUAAAAAACCUUCCAGAGGACUCUGAGGAUUACAAAGACACACAGGGUUAGAUAAAGGAUAAUACUCACCGGGAUUAUGAUUUUAGUUGUGCUAGAAAGAAAAUCUAAUAAUGUGUAAUCUUUCCUCUUCAUGCAGCCGCCCUCAGCAUUGUGAAAGAAGUGGCCAACCACGCCAAUGACAUCAUGAAACAAGGGGUGAGACCUUAUUUCACACACAGAGCUUUAUUUUUCUAUCUGCUUCAGCUUCACGUUCACCUUUGUUCUCAUCUCUCUGAUAUUGUUUUUCAGGACAACUUUCAGAAGCUGAUGCAGAUUCAGUACAGCCUCAACGGUCAGCAUGAGAUCGUUCAGCCGGGCAGGGUGAGUCAACAACAUGUCAACACUCAACAUCCCAAACAAAGCAAAGUUCAUGAAGUGCAGAGAAGACAGCUAGAUGUUGCUACCCUUGCAGAAGUUUUCUUUGAGGCGUGUUGAACAAACAUGAGACAGAAACACUCAGAUAUACAGACUACAAACAUUUACUUCUGACUUCAGGAACCUGCAGGCUGCAGAAUACAAUCCAGAAUACAGACUGAGGCACAGUCCGAGUCUAUAAAAAUUUGAGCAACAGCUUUCAUUUUUAAUGAAUGUUUUUCUGCAGAAAAAUCCAUUUCAAUCAUAGCAAGUAUCUGGUGGAUUCACCUGAGAGAUUUUCAUGUGGAGUUUUUUGUAUCUCACUGAAUUCAUUUACUGUUUUUACUUCAAUGUGUUACUCAUUUGUUUUUCUAAAAGCCUUUCUAAAGACUGGUGUUGCAGAAACAAAUCAGUUAUGAACCAGGGCUGUUACAUUUUAAGAUUUUUCUCUCACUAUUAUUGUAGCCAUUUGAUAACAAUACUACAAAAGAGGAUUAGGGCCACAUGAAAAGAAAAAAAAUAAUUACAGGAAGGAGAUUAAAGUCGAAAUUUCAAGAUUACAGUCAUAAUUUCGAGAUUAAAAAAUCGAAAUUAUGUCAAUAAAGUCGAAACUUCGACAUCAAAAAUCGAAAUUUCAAGAUUAAAGUUGAAAUUUUGAGAUAACAAAAUGUCGUGAAUUAUGCCGAAAUUUUGUCAUAGAAAACAUUAAAAUUUCGAGAUUGAAGUCGACAUGAAUAAAGUCGAAACUUCAACUUUUUAAAAUUUCGACUUUGAUCUCAAAAUGGAAAUCUAAAAAAUCUCCCUCAUGUUACUAUUUUUUUCUCUUCUUCUGGCCCUAAUCCUCUUUUGUACACUACUGAUAGGAAACUUGAAACUAAACCAAUGAAAAUCGUCCGUGUUUUGCAGGUAUUUCUGAAGGAGGGCACUCUGAUGAAGCUGUCCAGGAAGGUCAUGCAGCCCAGGAUGUUCUUCCUGGUGAGUGAGAUGUAGCUCAACAACUUGAGCAUUAUUUCUGUAAUGGUUUCUGUUCAAUCAAAGAAGCAGUUAAACAUGCAUCUUUUCUUUUGCCUUUAUGAAUAUUUGUUGUUUUUUCAGUUCAAUGAUGCUCUGAUGUACACCACCCCAGUCCAGUCUGCUCAGUAUAAACUCAACAGUGUUCUCUCUUUGGCUGGGAUGAAGGUAAGAGGCACUGAAAUCAAACUCAGCACACUUAUCAUCACCUCUUAUCUGUAUUUACCAUUUUUUAGCAAGUUUGCAGUAACAGUUUAAAUGUUUUCCUACAUAGCGUUGCACUGCGGUGGUGUGUUAUUAAUGGUUUUGUGUUCUCCAGGUGAGUAAGCCCAGUCAGGAGGCGUACCAGAACGAGCUAAACAUCGAAAGUGUUGAACGCUCUUUCAUCCUGUCUGCAAGGUCAGCACUCACUCUUUAAAUAUGUCACCUGUGGAGCUGUAAACACUCAUAACAUCGAGUGUGAUCGCUUGAGAUAAACAGGUUUAUUACCUCUCUGCAGCUCAGCCACAGAGAGAGACGAGUGGCUGGAGGCCAUCGCCAAGGCCAUCGACGACUACACAAAGAAGAAAAUCACCUUCAUAUCAAGCAGAAGUCAGGAGGAGGUAAAACUUGAAAUCCAUGUGGGUGACUGAGUAUAAUUUGAUCCAGAGUGCAUCUUUAUAAAGACCUGUCUUUUAUUCCAGGCUGAGGGGGUUGUUGACAGUGGGGCCCCAUUAGGCUCCAAAGCCCCCAUCUGGAUCCCAGACCUGAGGGCCACAAUGUGCAUGAUCUGUACCUGCGAGUUCACGCUCACUUGGAGGAGGCAUCACUGCCGCGCCUGUGGAAAGGUCUGUUAAAUUCACCGAAGCUCCUAAAAAAACUGCACGUUGUUUCUUUACACAUUACCUCAUAACAGUCAUUCCUGUGUGAUCCUGCAGGUGGUGUGUCAGGCGUGUUCUACCAAUAAGUACUACCUGGAGUAUUUAAAGAAUCAGCCAGCACGUGUGUGUGAUCACUGCUUUGCCAAGCUGCAGGAGAACAGUGAGUGACGAGGAAUUUCACAUUCGAUGACUGAUAUUCGAUAUAUAUAUAUAAAAAAAAAAAUUUCCCCCAUCGUGGAUCAAUAAAGGAAUAUUCUAUUCUAUUCUAUUCUAUAUUGUCACCGAAUCCUGUGAAGAUCACUGGGCUUGUCCCUGAACGCAGGUUUUGGUGCAAUCAGUGGGUUUGUUUUGUUUCAGGUGACCGCUGCGCUUCAUCAUCCGUUUCUCCGAUCAAAUCUGGAGCUUUUUCCUUCACCAGGAAGCAGAAGAAGAUUCCUGCUGCACUAAAAGAGGUCAGGCUCACAAAUUAACACUCAUGAGUGGAUUGUGUCGACUACUUUUGGAUGGUCAUGUCAGUCCCACAUCUUUUAUACAGUCAGAAUGCAUAACUCCAUUUUUUCUUUCCAGGUAUCUGCCAACACUGAGAACUCUUCCAUGAGCGGCUACCUAAACAGGUCAAAGGGCAACAAGAAGCAGUGGAAGAGGCUGUGGUUUGUCAUCAAGAACAAAGUCCUGUAUACCUACGCGGCCAGUGAGGUACUUACAUUUUCUUAUUUUGAUUUUUUUUUCUCAUCUCUUGAAAGCUUUUCCUACAACUUGGUCACCUUAAAGAGGGAGAAAAAUAAAGAGUGAAGUCAGAAAUGUAAUAUUUUAUAGCAUGUAGGAGAAUAAAGUCCUGAAUGUGUGGGAUUCUAGUUGUAAAUUUACAAGGUUGCAGUUGUGAAUUUACGAAGUUGAAGCUGUAAAUGACGGAGUUAAUGUUGUAAACCUGAACUGAAGAGCUGUCUGGUUUAUAAGGCAUGAAGAGCUACUUGUGAAGGUUUACUUGAGUAGAAGUUUGAAACAUGAAUAACUAAUAUUCGUUUUCUAAAGUGUAUGAAUGUAUCAAUCAAUGAUACAUGUAAGUAAGUAUUCAUUCAUUCUUGCAAAUUUACAGCUUUAAUCUUGUAGGGUUAUAAUUGUGAUCCAAACUGAUGACUUUCUGUCUCAUAAUUAUUACUCAGAUAUUUAACUUUUUGAAAUUAUACUGAAAAAUUAAUUCAUAACUUUUUUCUUUUAUGAUUUACUCUCCCGAACUUGUGGCUUUGAUUUUAUAAAUUAACUUUUUGAUUCUCAAAGUUUCAGCCUCUUUUAUUUUAUAUCUUUAAUUGAGCCCUGACUCUCUGCCGUAUUUCUUCUUUAUGGGUUGAUAAAUCUUCUUCUUCCAGGAUGUCGCAGCGUUGGAGAGUCAGCCCCUGCUGGGAUUUUUCCUGCGGGAGGAGAAAAACGGUCCGGCUCAGAAGCUGCAGUUUAAGCUGUAUCACAAAAACACUUUGUUUUACAUCUUCAAGGCGGAUGACAUCCCCACUGCACAGAGGUACUCAAACUCAAGUAUCUGACAUAACUCUGGGGUUUGUUUCCUUGUUUAUUUGGUGUCUAAUGUGUCCCUCAUGUUUCAGCAAACUCAGUGAGCAGAUACUCUUUUGGGGUAUCAGCAAAGCUUAUGGAGCUGUGGACAAACUUUAGAAAUUUAUUAUACAGAAUAUAAUUUUUUCUCCCCCCUGCUUGUGAUGUUGACAUGUAGUUAUUGUAAGACUGGUUUGUGCUCUAGUCCUCUUUUUUCUGUGCAGCUCCGUUUUUAAAAGUUAUAAGGGGGUUCAUGUUUUCUUUGAUUGACACCUGAUACAGCCUAUUAGUGUUCAGCGAUUGCGUAGCUUACCCGGGGGAUACGCUGUUUGAGCCGAGGGUCAUCACAGCGACUCUCCUCCCGAAUGCGUACAACACUACUGCACAGCUCUGGUUUCAGGAAAUGAAGAAAAAUCCUGGAAAUACCGAGAGCUUUUUGGCUUCAAAUCCGUAUACAGGCGGGAGGCCGAACCAAGUUGUCCAUAGUAUAUACAGUAUAUGGUUUUGACACAUUCAAGUGCGGCUAAUUUCCUGUUUUUUUCCUCAGAUGGAUCGAGGCGUUCCAGGAGGCGAUGAUUCUUGAACAGUGAAGUCACACCACAGCCCCAGAGCCAUUUGAUAGAAAACUCUCUGACCCCUGAAUGAUCCCAGGUCAGAGGUCACCCGCUCAGGAAGGACUCUGAUGGACUGUUUACUUAGAGCAGUAACCCUCUGCAGAACGCUGCAUACUGUAAUCUGAAACAAAAAAAAAACAGACUGCUUUUCUGCUGGGAAAAAAAAAAGGAUUCUGAUUCAAACAAAUUUUCUAUCAUCAGUAACUGAUGCUCAGCCGUGCUGCUGAGAGCAGAGCUGAGCUUGUUGCAGCUGUGGGUCACAGGUCAAGUCCAGAAGCAUGUGUGUGGAAGUGAGACAGAACAGAUGUCGGGGACAUUUAAAGCCCUCGGAAGUCCUGGAAGGUCUGGGAAUUUCUUUGAACUCCAAAACAGAUGAAGAAGUGAAAUAAUGCUGUCCAUUCCAUCACGUUCAGACCUGCAACACUCUAAGGUUUCAUUUUGUGGCGGUUAGAUAUAAAAACCCACAAUCGAUCCCUGAUGUCAUUUUAAAGUUAAAUGAUGUCUGGAGAGGUGAGAUUUCACUGUGAAACCGACCUCUACAAAGAGACGAAAUCCACAUUCUGCUCAGUCUUGAAGUUAAUCUCUCUGGUUUAGAGAUUUACGCCCAUGCUUUUAAAUUGAACACACAAAACCAUGAAAAAAAAAAUCCUGGAGAAAACUGGAAAUAUCAUGAAUUUUGUAGAUAUUUUACGUACAGUUUAAUGUGUGUUUUGCCUGUUCAGCCACGAUAGAAAUGGUUCAAAUGGGUAUAAAUGUGUACAUGGACAAAAGAGAGCAACAUUGACCUUUUUUUAUAGGAAAGCCAAGAGCUAAUAUUUAUAAAAUAGUCAGAUUUAUUGUGUGGAAAGCACAGGUUGCCACUUACUUUGGGAGUCAGGGUUUGUUAGGAAAUACUUUUCCAUCAAACAGUUUUUGUUUUAUACAUAAAAAGACAUUUUUAUGAGCAACUACUACAGUAAAGAACUACUUUAACAGAAAUGCUCAUUCUGAAAACAUGAAUUUUGGUGCUUUUUUGCUGACAUUUUGCUUUUUCGUGUCCCAUUUUUUGAGAAAAUUGCAAUAAUGUAGGUGCUUUUUAUGAAAAUCCUUAAACAAAAACAAGUUUAGGCAGGACUUCUCACUCUUUCUCCGGGGUACUGUAGCUAUGUAUCCUUUAAAAACACUCAUUUUUAAACCUGUUUCUUCUUGGUUAUGUUGCUGUACAGUCUGUUGCACUACCCCUGUUAAUCUGUCAGCCGAAGAUGCCUAAAUCUUACAUUUGUAGUGAAGGAAUAAACUGUUAAUCCUGUCUUUACUUCCUUCAGGCUGGUGAUGUAUAGAUCUGUAGCAGCCUGGGAUUGAAAUGCUAGUCAAGAGCUACCAAGUAUGAAUUCUUCCAGUGAUUGUACAUUAACAUUUUGUAAACAUCCACUCUUUCAGAGUAAGAGUUUCCUAUAAACAAUUAUUCUAAACUGUCAGGCAACAGUUUUUAAUAAAAAAUAUAUGAAUAAAACACUUUUUCUUGGUUUCA